GCAGGCCUGGCCAUGGGGGUGCCCCUGGGCCGGAUCACGUAGCCACUGCGCCUCGAGAGCCAACGUAUCCCUUCCUGCGUCCGUGCCAUGGUCGGCCGCGGCGCCUCCUUGUGUGCGGUGCAGCCCGCGGUGGCUGAGUGCGGCCCAGCUCGAGAAGCCCCGCCGCUUGAAGUAUCCCCGCGCAAGAGGCUGCCCGCCGGACUCGACCAAGAUCCAUGCAGCAGCCGCCCUGCUCCGGAAGGCGCCGGGGCCAGCGCAGAGCAGGGCCACUCGGGCGGUGGGGGCGGAUGGUGCCGCCACUGCCACACGAAGCUCGUGGAGCUCAAACGACAGGCGUGGAAGUUGGUCAGCGGGCCCGGGACUCCCCUCCGGGAUCCUUGCCUCUCUACCCUGCUGCUUGACAAGCUCCCAGCAUCUGGGGUUCAGCCAGCUUGCCGCCCUGAAUCCGAGAGCCGCUGUGACGUAUGCACCACGCAUCUGCACCAGCUCACUCGGGAAGCCCUGCGCCUGUUACAGACCCCUGCCAGCCACGAGGACCCCGAUGCUUCCCGAGGAGGCCUUGCGGCUCCCAGCCCUAGGGACCCACCUGGACCAGGGGGCCUCAUGGGGAGGCAGCCCCCUCUGGGACCUGACAGGAGGAAGGCAACAGCUUGGCCACCUGGCCCCAGCGUCCAGGUGUCUGUGGCACCAGCAGGCCUUGGGGGAGCGUUGAGUACAGUCACCAUCCAGGCCCAGCAGUGCCUGGAGGGUGUGUGGAGCCUCUCGAGGGUCAACAGUUUCUUGCCACCAACUUGCCUGGCUGAGGCUGCUGUAGCUGCUGUGGCUGUGGCCGACACUGUCCGAGACUGUCCCCCAACAGCAGGUUCUGAUCGCAUGUCUAAGGCAUGGGGCCGAGGGGCAGCGUGCACUGCAGCCCUGGUUACUCCAGCCCCAGGCACCUCAGCAGGGGGUUCCACAGGACCAUCGGCGGCAGCCUCUUUCUUUAUAAGCCCGAAUGGGCGCUGA